GAGGAACCUGAUCUCUCCCGUAGCUAGCGAAGGGCUGGAGGCUAGCACCGAGCUCCCCCGAGCCUCCCCGGAGCAGGGAGGGCUCCGCUACCUCGGGGGCCCUCCCCACGGGCAGAUGGAAGGAGAGGACAGAGGUCGAUUUCCCUCUCCUAGAUGCUCUUUAAUUGGAGGAAGAUUCCUGACAGAGACGUAGAGAUGCAAGUAGCAGAGAAGACAGGAUCAAACCAAACCUGAGCAGAAUGCCUUGGAGAUGCAAUCCCAGGGCAGUGAGAGUGAGACAAAAAGGGAAGAGAAACAGAGAAAGAUGACAAUGCAAGAUGAUGGUUGGACAAUCUGCAGAGACAGUAGGUAUGCCUUCAUGUCCAAGCAGAGUAUCUCCAGACAUGCUAUAUGGUGAAAACAUGCUCAGGAAUAUUUUAGUGGAUAAACCAAAUGACCAAUCUUCAAGGUGGUCUUCAGAGAGCAAUUAUCCUCCCCAGUACUUGGUUCUGAAGCUUGAAAGGCCUGCUAUAGUCCAGAAUAUCACAUUUGGAAAAUAUGAGAAAACGCAUGUCUGUAAUUUGAAGAAAUUUAAAGUCUUUGGUGGAAUGAAUGAAGAAAAUAUGACAGAGCUAUUGUCCAGUGGCUUAAAGAAUGAUUAUAACAAAGAAACAUUCACCUUGAAGCAUAAAAUUGAUGAGCAGAUGUUUCCUUGUCGAUUCAUCAAAAUAGUUCCACUCUUAUCCUGGGGACCCAGCUUUAACUUUAGCAUCUGGUAUGUUGAACUUAGUGGCAUUGAUGAUCCUGAUGUAGUACAACCUUGUCUCAACUGGUAUAGCAAGUACCGUGAACAGGAAGCCAUUCGUCUUUGCUUAAAACACUUUAGACAACACAAUUAUACAGAAGCCUUUGAAUCACUACAAAAGAAAACCAAGAUUGCCCUGGAACAUCCUAUGUUAACAGAUCUGCAUGAUAAACUGGUGUUGAAGGGUGAUUUUGAUGCUUGUGAAGAGCUGAUUGAAAAAGCUGUAAAUGAUGGAUUGUUCAAUCAGUACAUCAGUCAACAGGAAUACAAGCCACGAUGGAGUCAGAUCAUUCCCAAAAGCACCAAAGGUGAUGGAGAAGAUAACCGACCAGGAAUGAGAGGGGGCCAUCAGAUGGUUAUUGAUGUUCAAACAGAGACCGUUUAUUUGUUUGGUGGCUGGGAUGGAACACAAGAUCUUGCUGACUUCUGGGCGUACAGUGUGAAGGAGAACCAGUGGACAUGUAUCUCAAGAGACACUGAAAAAGAGAAUGGUCCUAGUGCCAGAUCAUGUCAUAAAAUGUGCAUUGACAUUCAACGAAGGCAAAUCUACACAUUGGGCCGUUAUUUGGAUUCUUCUGUGAGGAACAGCAAAUCUCUGAAAAGUGACUUUUAUCGUUAUGAUAUUGACACUAACACAUGGAUGUUACUCAGUGAGGAUACUGCUGCUGAUGGAGGGCCAAAAUUGGUGUUUGAUCAUCAGAUGUGUAUGGACUCAGAGAAACAUAUGAUCUACACCUUUGGGGGUAGAAUUUUGACUUGUAAUGGCAGUGUAGACGACAGCAGAGCCAGUGAACCACAAUUCAGUGGGUUGUUUGCUUUCAACUGUCAAUGUCAAACCUGGAAACUUCUUCGAGAGGACUCCUGCAAUGCUGGGCCUGAGGAUAUCCAGUCUCGGAUAGGACACUGCAUGUUAUUUCACUCAAAAAAUCGUUGCUUAUAUGUAUUUGGUGGCCAGCGAUCGAAGACCUAUUUGAAUGAUUUCUUUAGUUAUGAUGUGGAUUCUGAUCAUGUAGAUAUAAUAUCAGAUGGCACCAAGAAGGACUCUGGAAUGGUUCCAAUGACAGGAUUCACACAGAGAGCAACCAUUGAUCCAGAACUGAAUGAAAUACAUGUCUUAUCUGGACUCAGCAAGGACAAGGAAAAGAGGGAAGAGAAUGUUAGAAAUUCAUUCUGGAUUUAUGACAUAGUGAGGAAUAGUUGGUCUUGUGUCUAUAAAAAUGAUCAAGCUGCAAAGGAUAAUCCAAGUAAAAGUCUUCAAGAAGAAGAACCCUGUCCAAGAUUUGCCCAUCAGCUUGUAUAUGAUGAGUUACACAAGGUUCAUUAUUUAUUUGGUGGGAAUCCAGGAAAAUCUUGCUCCCCAAAAAUGAGAUUAGAUGACUUCUGGUCACUGAAGUUGUGUAGGCCUUCAAAAGAUUACUUACUGAGGCAUUGCAAGUACCUCAUAAGAAAACACAGGUUUGAAGAAAAGGCCCAAAUGGAUCCUCUUAGUGCUCUGAAAUAUUUACAAAAUGAUCUUUAUAUAACUGUGGAUCAUUCAGACCCAGAAGAGACAAAAGAGUUUCAGCUCCUUGCUUCAGCUCUGUUCAAAUCUGGUUCAGAUUUUACAGCUCUAGGCUUUUCGGACGUGGAUCAUACCUAUGCUCAAAGAACUCAGCUCUUUGACACCUUAGUAAAUUUCUUUCCUGACAGCAUGACUCCUCCUAAAGGCAACCUGGUGGACCUCAUCACACUGUAACUGAAGAGUCACUGACAGACAUGGAGACCAGGAAUCUGCUUUCAGUAUUCUGGAUUUCAACUCUACUGACCGACAAUUAGGCCGCAGUGACUGAGGACUGCACCAGAAUUCCGAAGGGAUCUUUACCAUCGCAAGUUCUAACCCUCUUUCUUCAUACCUGACCUCAACCCCAUUUUCCUCGUCCCAUUCCUCAGUUAAGUUAAUAAAGUGAAAUUGAUAUACUUUCCAUUUAAAUAUAUAUAUAUAUUUUUUACUUUAACUUUUAAAAAUUAAUGAGUAUAAAAAAUAAUAAUCAGGUAGUUUACCCUUUCCUGAUUUUUAUUUCAUUUUUAUAAAAUUAGGGCAAGUAAGCACUAUUAACAGACCCAGUGCUACACGAAUUGGGAUUGUGUUGUUGGGUUGUGUGACCUUUCUUCUUGCUCCUCCCUUCCCAUUUCACUUUACCUUGCAUCACAGAACUGCUUGUAGGUGGUGUCACUUGUUUACCUCUUCAUUCUUAACAGAAUAUAGUUCUUAAGGCAAUUGAUGUAUGUUAAAAGUGAUGUAUAUGUGUCUCUGUUGACUAGAAUCUUGUAUUACAUUAAGCAAUAGGAGAAAAGAGGGCUUAAAUUUAUGUUCCUCUUCAUAGAACUGAAAAAUGAAACCUAAGAUUGGUCCAGGCACUUAUCUGAGAUUGGCCUGUAGUGUUUCUAUGGUGGAUAUUAUAAGCUUUGAGUCACAGAAGAGUAUCUUUCAGAACCUUUAAGAGCCAUUAUAAAAGUUAGCAGCAGGAGGAUUCUAGAAGUGAUUAAUAUGUUCAUUGAUACCUGGGUGGCAGUUCUGGAAGAAAAUGGCUUUUUCCUCUGAUAGAUCUGCACAGAUCCAGGGCUUCCAUUACUUCCUGUGCUAUCAGUUCGUGGCAUUUUCGUUUGGGAGGCUGGGUGUCCAGACCUCUGCUUUGUUGAUCCAGACACAUUGGCUCCACACAUCUGCUUCUGCACACUGAUAUUUUAAAGAGUGAUGGCGUGUAGUUGUCCAAUGAAAUACAACUGACAGGCAUUUCACUGAGCACAUAGACUAGGCUUUUUUAAAUGAAGAAAAAGAACAAUGGUGCAAAUACUUUUUCAUUAAAUAAAAAAAGGAAAAGGCAGAUAGGUUUGUCCAUUUCUUGUGAGGGUAGAGAUAUAUAUUAUUCCAUAAGGUGCUAUGGAAUGCAGUAUAGGAAACCUACACCUGAUCAGUGCUUAUUACAUUUGCUCAAAAGUAGGCUUUGUUAAAAACAAGUUAUAUUUAAAAAUAA